CAAAGUAAGCUGCCCUCUUCACAGGGAGCUGCUCCAGGUUGAGCCAUCUCUGUGGACCUGUUGUGUGGGUGAUGGCCAUGCUCCUGUGUGGGUCCUCAGGACCUGAAGCCAGCAAGAUCCACCAGGCCUGAGAAAGGAGAAGCUCCCACUGGGGACGGAGCUGCUGCUCGAGAGGAUCCUGCACCGCAUCCCUGCUCUGUGCUGCGGGCACCGUGCUCCCUGGGGACAUGGGUCCUGCUCUCCUGCUGCUGCUCACCACAGCCAGCACCUGGCACGGCUCAGUAUCCCUGGUGAUCAGUCCUGACGUCCCUGCUCUGGUUGUCAGCACAGGUGAUCCAGUCACCUUGCGCUGCUCAGGGAAGUCCAAAGUUGAAUGGCAAACCAAAAAGGAUGUAUUCAGCAAUGACACCAGCAGCACGCUCAGCAUUCCCAAGACCACUUACAGGGACACAGGCACCUACGUGUGUGCUUAUGUCAACAGCAGUGACAAGAGCAUUGCAACUGUGCAUCUGUUUGUACGAGAUCCCAAUAACGUGUGGAACACCCUGGCUUUCCGGGUCGGUGUGACCAGGGGUGGUAACGCUGAGCUGCCCUGUCUCAUCACGGCCCCCGAGUAUGGAUCCAGUGUGACCCUGAUAAUGGAUGGCGGCUCUCAUCUCCCACCCGGGACCAACUAUUCUUUCAGUGCUGAGAAAGGAAUGACACUGUACAAUGUGCAAAGCAAGCAGAAGGGCUUUUACAGAUGCCAAGCAGUGAUAAAUGGAAAAACUGAGAAGUCACCAAGAAUGAGACUGCUUGUGGAAGAAGCUCUGGAGAAGCCUGUGUCAGUGAUGAUGGAUCCUAUAGACCACGUGCGAAUUGUGGGCGAGCCUUUCAAAGUCACUUGCAGAAUAACUGCUCCUUCCCACAAGUACGAUGUCAGAUGGGUGACGGCAGCAAAGAACGUCUCCACAGCUCAGAAUCGUAGCUUUGAGAAUGAGAACUACUUCAUCAGCGAUGUCCUGUCCGUUCCAGCCGUGUCCAUGGAAGACAGUGGGAAGUACACCUGCGUAGCUAACAACUCAGUAGGAGUCAGGAAUGCCUCCACAAUGCUUCGGGUAGUAGAGAGAGGUUACGUGUUCCUUACCCCGCUGCAAGCCACCAGCCAGGAGGUUGCUUUGGGAGAGAGUCUGAUGCUGCAGGUCCAGAUUGAGGCUUACCCAAAACUUCUCCGCUGGGGCUGGGAGCACACAAACCCCCUGAAGAACACUGAGAGCACCCCAGUGCAGGGCCAGAUGAUGCCUGGAAACAACCGGUAUAACAACACGCUCUUCCUUAACCGCCUGCAGGAAGGAGAAGGAGGUCUCUAUAUGUUUUAUGCCAUCAACAAUGAAACCAAUGCAUCAGUUACCUUCAGUAUCUCUUUGAAAUCUCCUCCAAGGCUCUGCAAAAUCAAGGUGGCAGCCAACGACUCCAGCAUCCUCCAGUGCAUGGCCAUCGGCUACCCUGCCCCACGCAUUGAGUGGUACCAGUGCCCCGUUCACUCUGAUAGAUACGAGGACUAUAGGCUGCUACUGAAUGACUCCAAUCCCCAAGUGGUGAACGUGUUGCCCUUCCGAGAGAUGGAGGUGGAGAGCAGCAUCCCCUUCCAGGAGCUGGGUGCCAACUUCACCUUCUGUUGUAUGGCCUUUAACAGAGAGGGGAACGCUUCUGACGUGUUUCAUUCACUCACCAUCACCAGAAGUGUCAUGGCCCCCCCAAACAAACUCUUCAGCCCCAUUCUCUCCACCUGCAUCGGCACAUCGGUUCUGCUGCUCCUUCUCCUGCUCUUCCUCCUCUACAAGUACCACCAGAAACCCAAGUACCAGGUGCGGUGGAAGAUCAUUGAGGCCUGUGAAGGGAAUAACUACAUCUUUAUCGAUCCCACUCAGCUCCCAUACAAUGAGAAAUGGGAGUUCCCCAGGAAUAACCUCCAGUUUGGAAAAACUCUUGGAGCAGGAGCCUUUGGAAAAGUGGUAGAAGCCACUGCUUUUGGGCUGGGCAAAGAAGAUUCCGUCCUCAAAGUUGCUGUGAAGAUGCUAAAGUCAUCAGCAGACACGGACGAGCAGGAGGCUCUCAUGUCUGAGCUGAAGAUCAUGAGUCACUUGGGACACCAUGAGAACAUUGUCAACCUGCUGGGAGCAUGUACCUAUGGAGGCCCAAUCCUCGUCAUCACAGAGUACUGUCGCUAUGGAGACCUGCUGAAUUUCCUCCGGAAGAAGGCUGAAUCCAUCAUUAUCCAGGAUUCUGCACUGGACAUCUCUUUAGAUAGUGCUGCUGAUUACAAAAACAUUGACCUAGAGAAGAAAUACAUCCGGAGUGACAGUGGCUUUUCGAGCCAGGGUUUGGAAAUGUAUGUUGAAAUGAAGCCUGUGUCGUCAUCAUCAUCUUCAGCAUCAUCAGAUUCUGCACAAGCCAGGGGGAAAAGCCCAGAGGAAGAAGAUGGAAGCAGGGAGGACCUCUGUCCCCUCAACCUCUCUGACCUCCUGCAGUUCUCCAGCCAAGUGGCCCAGGGCAUGGCAUUCCUCGCAUCAAAGAACUGCAUCCACCGUGAUUUAGCAGCCAGGAAUGUGCUCAUAUCAGAUGGACGGGUAGCCAAGAUCUGUGACUUUGGCCUGGCCCGGGAUAUCAUGAAUGACUCGAAUUAUGUUGUAAAAGGCAAUGCCCGCCUGCCCGUGAAGUGGAUGGCUCCAGAGAGCAUCUUUGACUGCAUUUACACAGUGCAGAGCGAUGUGUGGUCUUACGGCAUCCUUCUCUGGGAGAUCUUCUCCCUUGGUAAAAGUCCAUACCCUGGCAUGGUGGUGAACAGCAAGUUCUACAGCAUGGUGAAGCAGGGAUACCAGAUGGCCAGGCCUGACUUUGCUCCCUUGGAAAUGUACACCAUCAUGCAGGCAUGUUGGAGCCUGGAGCCCACAGCAAGACCUACCUUCGACCAGAUCGGCUGCUUCAUCCAGAAAGAACUGGAGGUGCAUAAGGAGCAGGACUACACCAACCUCCCUUCCACCACUGAGGAAGACAGUGGCUGUGAUACCUCUGGCUGCUGCGAGGAGUCCUGCGAGCAAGAGGAUAGCGGGCAGCCCCUUCUCAAGGGCAACAACUACCAGUUCUGUUAGCUGGUACCAUUGCCCCAGGUGGAUCCCAUCCUCCUGGAUCUGCAGAGUGCAUGGUGCUGCCCUGCCUUAGGACAAAGAUGCCUUCAGCUUUGGCUCUCCUUCUUCUGAAGUAUGAGUGUUACUGACUCCCUCACUGAAAUGACAGCGCUAGAGUGACUCAAAACCAAGACUCACCGUGGGGUCCCUGAGGCCUUACCUGAAGUGUAGCAUAGGUUGUGAGGAUGGGAAAAUGCUCCAUCUCUACAAGGUACAGAGAGGUCCCUGGCACCUGCCUCCCCAUCCCCAGUGGGGCUGUGAGUAUUUUGGGUUUGGAGGGUUUUUCAAAUACUAGUUGCAGCCAAGUAAGUCAUUCCCACACCUGAACCCUUGUGUUUUGUGAGCACAUCUUGAAGCAGGAACUACUUCACACAGCAGAAGCAGUCCUCUUUCUUGGUGGUCCUGCUCUCUUCCCUUUGCCAGUUUGACCCUGGAUGGUGCAGAGUGAGUGUUUAGAUAUAGGUAAAGCCUCUAAGCAUUAAAUACGCAUUAACCUCUACAUUUCCUCACCCAAUCAUCUACCUCUACACAGCUGAUGCUUUGGCAUGGAGUGUUUGGGUGAAGCGAGCCAAGGAGCCAGCCCCAUGGUUAUGUGAACCUGGGGACGAAGGGCAGUUAUUUCUCAGGUAAAACACAAACAUAACUGGUGUGCUUCCAUGUCGGCACUGAACACAUCCCAAAUCCAGGAAAGAAUGGCAGCUUAAACAGAUCUGGAAAUGAUCAACAUAACACACAUCCUACAAACCUUCUGCAUUAUUAAACAUGUAGCAAUCACUGCCUUUGUCCCAAAUACAGAUAUGCUCUUGUACAUAUUUUCCUGAGCGUAUUUUUAAUAGAAGAGCUGAGAUAGAGAAUAGUUUUUCAUAAGCUAGGGCCUGAUGCCCUUAAACUUAUUUCUCAUUGAGCUCUUGUUCGGGGCUACUAGUGCCAGUAAGGAAGUAGCUAACGAAUCUUCUCAACUUCACCUGGCUCUGUACACCAGGUACAGGCACUGACAGGACUCAGGCAAACUACAGUGGGACAUGACUAUCACAGGUGGCCUUGGUCACACCCUGAGCAGUUAGCUUGUGGGCCACUUCUGAUUAUAGUAACCCUGGGUUUAUGCUAACACUGAGUGAUUCUUUCCUCCUUACUAAACACAAAGCUAAUUUAUAUCUGUCAGCAUUAUAAAAAAAAGAAAUGUUUAGCAAAAUGAGUCUCUUCUAGAGCUUUAAAAGAACUGCUCUUAAAGAGGAAUGGAUCAGAGCACAGGUCUGCAACUCUGCUCCAACUCCUCACACACAUCUUUCCCAUUACAAGUUCUCAAAACCCUUCAAUCUUGUGUAAUGCAAAAACUUAUUAAAACCAAGAUUUUAAAACA